AUGGACAAAACUUCUAACCACCAGCUCAAAAGGGCAACAACGUCCUAUCCCUCAAACCGAAUACUCAACCGCCUCCUCUUUCUCUGUGGCCCGCUCUCCCAGCUCCUCUACCUCAUCUUCUUCAUCCUCGCCGACUUCAUCCCGCCUAUUUCCCCCUCUCUCCCCCCGCAAGAGAUAGCCACCCACUUCACCUUCCACGCCCGCGGGAUCAAAGCAGGCACAUACCUUAUCUCCUUCGUUGGCAUAUUCUGGCCACUCUACGGAAUAGCAAUCCACAACCAACUGUCGCGGAUGCCGAACGUCCCGGGUACGCCACUAAUCCUACAACUCGUGAACUCGUCCGCGCUGGGCAUUGUUUUUAGCCUGAUUGCCAUGUUCUUUGCUGCGGCAGGAUAUCGAUCAGACCGGGAUCCAGCGAUCACACAGCUGGCUCAUGAUCUUGCCUGGUUCUGUUGGGGGUUUUGUGCAGGCCCGCUUGCUUUGCAGUUUUUGGCUGUUGCGUGGACUAUAUCGUGCUCAUCAUUCUCCGCGUCUUCCACUGUUCUAUUCCCGCGCUGGGUGGCAUAUACAUCACUGGUUUUUCCAGCAUGGCUCCUCGUUCCCUUCGGGGCGCAUUUCGUGCAUGAUGGGCCUUUUGCAUGGGAUGGGGCGUUGUCGUUCUGGGGGUUAUGGAUAACAAGUGUGGUUACAUUUGGUCCUGUGGAUUAUUUUGUUUGGAGGGCGAUAGACAUGGAUAGCAUAGGAGAAUAUGCCGCCCAUAUCGACUAG